CAUAUUUUUUUUUUGGAAGGAAAAAAAAUUUUUUUUUUUUAAAGCAAAUAAAAGUUUAAAUAUUAUUUAUAAAUAUGAAGAAAGUGGUGAUUUUAAUUUUUGCAUAUUUCUUGAGUGAAGCUGUUGGCUUUACGGAUAUAUUCUAUGAUUUGGAUCAAGUGUCGCAAAUAAGAAAGCGGCAAAUACCUACUACGGUUGCUCCAGGAACACGAAAACCUCAAGCAAAUCCAAUGCCAGUGACUACAACGACAAUGAGUCCUGUAAAUGUUAAAGGCAAUGCAAAACCACCAACCAAUUCGACACCAAAACCUCAGCAGCCUCCACCAACUCCUGCAACAACAGAUAACAGAUUAACACCGGUACCCAGCAAGAAUCCUACAUUUUGUAGAUGUAUAUCAUCGACAUCUGUAUGUGAUGGAAUGACUGUUGAAGAUAAUGAUAACUCGAAAUAUUCUCCUCGUAUUGUAAAUAAUGAUCAAAAUCCAUGGUGUCCACCUAAUAAAAAACGCUGUUGUACAGAAAAAUCAUGUGGAGUGAGAUUGAGAAUUGAUCAAAAACCAAAACCUAAUUAUCAAGCAUAUUAUGGUGAAUAUCCUUGGCAUGCGGAGAUUAUAGAUCUUAAGGGUAACACAAUUGGAGCAGGUGUCAUUAUUAAUGAAACAUCUGUACUCACAGUGGCUCACAAAGUUUAUAAUUUAAACAAUCAGUAUCAAAUUAGAUUGGGAAAAUUCGAUAGAAUGGAUAUGAAUGAAAAAAGUCUUACUGUAAAACCAAUCUUAACAAGAGUCCACGAAAAAUUCGAUCCUGAAUCUCUUGAUAAUGACAUAGCUGUUAUAAAUAUUAAUGAGAUAAAAAUAAUGUUCCAGGACUACUAUAACAUUAAUUCUGCUUGCCUUCCAGAAAAAGAUUUUUCUAAAGAUUUUUUUCUAAACAAUACUUUGUGCAGUACUGCCGGUUGGGGUGCUGUCGAAUUCAAAGGCGAAAAUAAUGCACAAUAUGAACAAAUUUUAAAAAAAGUAAAUGUUGCAUUAGUAGAUGCCAAGACAUGUGAAUCAAAAUUACAGAAAACAAGACUUGGUGCAGAUUUCAGAUUGAAUGAUAAAAGCUUUCUGUGCGCCGGUGGAGAAAAAGGAAAAGACAGUUGCACGGGUGAUGGAGGUGGUGCUCUUGUUUGUUUGAUGAAUUCAGAACGUUUCGUGAUUGCAGGUUUAACGGCUUGGGGAGUUGGUUGUGGACAAAGUGAUGUACCAGGUGUGUACGUUAACGUUCUCAAUUAUCGUAAUUGGAUUAACGGAAUAAAAGAACCUUCAAAAUCAAAAUUCGACGUUAGAUCAAUGUUCUAAGUUUCUCUUUCAUCAUAAUGAUUUUUUUUAAAAAAAUAAUAGUAAAAUUCUUUUUUCUUUGCUUUGUAUUUUCUUUACGAUGAAAAGCAAAAAAGGCAAUUAGCGAAUUUUUUAGAAAUUUAAAUAAUUUUAUGUCGCGUGUGAAAAUUUCUCCGAAAUGACGUGCAGGCUUCGCACUCUUCUAUUAAAAGCUAUACUAUUUGCUACUUUUUUGAUAAGAGACUACUUUUUGCCUACUUUUUUGAGCCUAACGCUACUAAAAGCUACUUUUCUCAACAAAUAGUCACAUUUAGAUUUUUAGUUUUCAAAUUUCCAUUUAAAAACAAUGUUAAAAACUAAAAUCGUUAAUGAAAAACGACCGUCAAUAAGAUAUUAGAGAAUAAUUUUACCGACAUUUACUCAAUCAAUAGUGA